AUGUCCAAUUCUCAGUCGUCGUCACGUCCACUUGCCCCUUUCCCAAGUCCCCUGCCAAAAUCCAGCAGUCCCGAUGAUGUAGUGCCCAGUCGGAAGCAUAAGACAACCGCCUGCCGAGCAUGCAAGCAGAAGAAAUUGAAGUGCCGAGGGGAUCCGCCUUGUGAGCACUGCGUUGCCAAUGGUCUCGAAUGCCACGUCGACGAAAUGGCCGACAUGCGCCGGAAGUUUGCGAUGAAACGGAAACUCGACCGGCUCGAGAUGGCGUCGGACGUCCUCCUGCGGCUGGUUAGCGCCCUGCGAGAAAGCGACAGCACGCGUGUCGCCCAGCUGUUGAAUCUGAUCCGCAGCAACGCGUCGUUCGACGAGAUCCAGGUGUUUUUGAAGCAGAAGUUCUCUCAGUACGAGAUUGAAGGAUCCCCGGAGUUGCGCGAGGUUCAGAGCCAAUUCUCGCGGCCAUCCGACGACGACGAAGACGGCCCUAGCCAGCGCAGCGGUCGACGUGUGCUGGACGUCAAUCGACUUACGGAUAUCCCGGUGUACCGCGUGCCGGCCAAACCGUGGACGACCGUCACCGACGACGAUGACCUCGUCUCGCAUUUGGUAUCCUUGUGGCUGACCUGGUCCUAUCCAUUCUUCCACUGGCUGGACAAGGAUGCGUUCGUGUGCGAUAUGCAGGCGGGCAAUCUGCACUGCCGGUUCUGUUCACCGUUCCUGGUGAAUGUGAUUCUCUCUGAAGCGAGUUACUAUUCCGACUAUGCCGAAGUUUAUACUAUUCCCAACGACGCCUUCUCACGGGGCAAUCAGUUUUACGACGAGGCGCGGCGACUACUAGAGGAGGAGGAAGAGGAGGAAGGCACCGUGAGCCUGCCCACCAUCCAGGGGCUCCUGAUUCUGUUCAUUCGGUUGGUCCUCAUGGGAAAAGACCGCAUGGGAUGGACAUACCUAGACCUGGCCACGCGAUCCGCCACGGAGUAUGCUGCAUCUCGCCCGGCGCAACCGACGGACGAUAGCUCCCUAAGGGGGAUCGAAAGUGUGGCAAACCGGACACUGUGGGGGACCUUUUGCAUCGCCUCCACUUCGGCCGUGUCACUGAUGAAGCAUAUCGAUGUGCACCCUCCACGGCAGCCACGCGUGCACAUUCGCCAUGGCGAUCCUCGCGAUGUGUGGUCGCCGUACCCGAAGCAUGAUGAGCCGGUCCCUGGCCACCACAACUGCGUGUUCGACCGAUGGUGCGAUCUUAGCUGCAUCACGAUACGGUUCAGCCGUGCUUUUCAUGGCGUUAGGGACCGGCUGCCCCAGUCUUCGAUGGUUUCUAUCGUCAACGACAUCUAUCAACAGCUGCAAGGCUGGCAUGCCAAUCUACCGGAAUGCCUGCAAGCCGAGACGGCCAUCGUGCCGCAUGUCCUCAGCAUUCAUCUCUUUUACCACACCACUGUCCUACAGAUCUUCGGCUUCCUCCGCUUCAACGGCGCCACCACUCCCCUCGACCCAGACACAGCCGGCUGCGCGCGCACGAUUUGCCUGUCGACUGCGCGUCGCAUUGCGUACCUGCUUGGCAUCCACCGGGACAAAUGGGGUAUCGACCGUAUGUCCCCGUCGACAGUCCAGUGGAUCACUGUCAGUUUGUUCACGUUACUGGAGGCGCUGGACACACCGGAGAACCGCAAUGCAUUCGUCGAGUUGUGCAUCAUCGCGCAAGCGUUUUCGCGCCGCUUCACGCUCGCCAAGGGCCUUCUGCGCAUGAUCCAGCUGUCAGCAAAUCAGCAGCAAGUGAGGUUACCUGAGGAGACGAGCGCGCUGUUUACGGACUUUGAGAGUCACAGCUGGCGCAACAGCGAUGCGCAAGAGUUCAGCAGUUUCUACCCGCAUUAUCUGUCGGUGAUCCAGCAGGGCUCUGCGCGACAGGCGGAUGUGGCUAUGGAUUCGUUUUUGGAGAAAUGGGAUCAUUUUGGCCUUGGGGAUAAGCAUGAAAAUGACCGUAAUGAUUUAUGA